AUGUCAGGCUUCGAGGUUGCCGGCAUCGUUCUUGGCGCGAUACCUUUGGUGAUCGCAGGCCUCGAGUAUUACGAAGAAGGCCUGGGGAAAGUGAAAGCUUUCUGGAAGUGGGAAGAUGAACUCUCCGAAGCUAUUCGCAAGCUUUGGGGGCAGUAUAGCUCCUAUGAGCUUACCAUCCGCGGUCUUCUUGCGUCUAUCACGUCAGAGGCCGAGCUCGAGGAAAUGAUGGGAGACACCACUGGCAAACUUUGGAAGAGCGAAGACAUAUGCGAAAGGCUUCAGGACAAGCUUGCAACUGCAUAUCAGCCCUAUUUAUACACCGCGUCCGAGAUAGAAAGGAUUAUAUUAGAGAUGACAGCAUGUCUAAAUCUCAACAAAGCUACCCAGAUCACUCGCAAUGAGCUUGAGGCAGUAGUGAUUGCAAACCCCAGAACCAUGAGGAGUGGCUCUUCUCGUGACUUCCAAUUCCAAAAACGAAUCAAAUUCACUAUGAAGAAACAGAAGGUCAAACGACAACUACAACAAUUGGAAAGCUGCAUUGCCAGGCUCGAUACCUUUACUGAAAAAGCCGAGAAGCUAGAACCAUACAAAAGCAACAACAAGUCGAAAUUCACAGUUCCUUUGCAUCGCAUACAGCAAUACGCCAAAAGCUUGUACCAAGUACUGAAUCGAUCCUGGGGUUGUGACGCUCAUUCAAAUCAUGCAAUCAAUCUCUUAUUGGAGCAACGAAUGGUGCUUGCGAAGAAGAAAAUGAAAAACUUGAAUCCUUCGACGGACAAAUGCUCCGACGGCAUCGCUCGCUUCGUGUUGUCGAUUUCAGACCCUUCCUUACCUUCCGGGUGGAGAGAUGCUGAGGUCCAGGUUAUGGAGGAGUCGGAACUGCCAACCAAAAGCAAGAGUAAAGUAACAAUCGCAGUUUCCCCGCCAUCACCGACUGCUCAGAGUGCCACGGACACCCUCAAGGCACUUAAGGAGAUUACAAGUGUCUGCUCAGCAUUACAAGACUAUCCGUUUGCCACGACAUGUCCAAGAUUCUACCUAGACCAUUCCGGCAAACUCAAAGGAAUAUUUGGCGCACCGAAGCGACUCACAGUGAAUGACAGCGAUUUCAUGACUCUAGAUGAACUAAUCCGGGAUAGCUCUGUAUCUGGUACGCAGAAACUGACUAAGGAAGAAUGCUAUUUGCUUGCUGUAACGCUGUCGUCUUCUCUUCUACAACUACAUUCAACACCAUGGCUGCGGAGCCGGUGGAGCAAGCGAGAUAUCUCCUUCAUCAAACUCGCCCCGUCCCAAAAAGGCAACCCUGGAAGCGUUGUACAAGUCAGAUAUCCCUACGUAACACAAAACUGGUCCCCACAAGACCUUAGCGCUCAAAAUCAUUUAUUCGAUGCAGAAGGCGAUAGCUCGAAGCUUCUCGCUCUUGGAAUAGUUCUUCUAGAAGUCUACUUCAACCAACCCAUCGAAAGCCUCCGCGCUGAGACGCCUGGAGGUCUUUCUCAGCCACCGAACGAUUAUGAAAAUCUCAGCAUUGCCAACCGCUGGGUUAGACGGGAAAAGGGGAAUCUCUCGUGGGCCUUCCAGAAUGCAGUCUCGCAUUGUUUGAAGUGCUUUGCCGAUCCCAACGCCGAUCUCCAAGAUCCAGACUUUCGCCAAGGAGUGAUCGAUCAGGUUCUCAUUCCACUUCAGGACGAAUUGUCUCUUUGGACGGAUGGGCCGCCGAGGGGGUAG